AUGACUAAUUUAAGUCAAGUAAAUGUUGGAACAAUAAGUGCUGUAACAACAUCGGUUGCACACAAUCGUUCAAAUGCUGCCCUAGCACCGACUGAGAAACCUGCAAAGUUUUCUGGAGUCAACUUCAAGAGAUGGCAGCAAAAGAUGUUCUUCUAUCUGACUACGUUGAGUCUGCAGAGGUUCAUUAAUGAGAACGUUUCUGUUAUGUCGGAUGAAACUCCGCCUGAAGAACGAUUCUUGGUAACAGAAGCAUGGACACAUUCUGAUUUUUUGUGUAAAAAUUAUAUUCUGAGUGGCCUGCAGGAUGAUCUGUACAAUGUGUACAGUAAUGUGAAAACCUCAAAAGAACUUUGGGAUGCUUUAGAAAAGAAGUACAAAAAAGAGGAUGUCGGAAUGAAGAAGUUUAUUGUGGCAAAGUUUCUGGACUAUAAGAUGAUAGACAGAUUGGUUGUGAAUGAUGUUUUUGAAGUGGCUGCAAUUAUUGAGAAACUACCUCCAUUGUGGAAGGACUUCAAAAACUACUUGAAACAUAAACGCAAGGAGAUGACUGUUGAAGAUCUCAUGGUAAGGCUGAGAAUCGAAGAGGACGACAAGGCCACAGAAAAGAGGUCACGUGAAUGCAACUUGGUUGGAAAUCUAAGAGAAUGGUGGAUAGAUUCUGGUGCCUCAUGUCAUGUUUGUGCCAACAAAGAAUUAUUUUCAUCAUAUACUCCAGCACCUACAGACGAGAAGUUGUUUAUGGCAAAUUCCGUUGUUGCAAAGGUGGAAGGAACUGGCAAGAUCCUCCUAAAGAUGACAUCUGGCAAGGUGGUGACUUUGAACAGGGUCUCGAUUACAUCAAUUCGGAUGUUAAUUGCCCUAGUUGCAGUAUACGGUCUUAAAAUUCAUCAAAUGGAUGUGAAAAUCGCAUUCUUAAAUGGAGAGCUGGAGGAAGAAAUCUACAUGGAACAGAAUGAGGGCUUCGUAGUUCCCGGCAAAGAAAAGAAA